GGUGGCAACCUUACAUCACAAAUUUACUUAGGCUCAAAACAAGUAUUUUUAAUUAACCUACGUAGCGUAAGUGAUGUGAAAAAAUUUAGAGUAUUAUAAUUAGUGAGUAUUAUUAACAUAUUUAAAUAAGGCAAUACGUCAACGUGUAUUGCAAAACAACCCCCAAAACCAGCUGAGUGUAUAUGCAUAAGUGUGCGUGAGUGUGUGUGUAGCGUGAAAAAAAGAAACAGCCGGCAAAGUAAAAUUUGCAUUAAAAAUAGAAGCGAGCUGUGCGCACUUUGUAAAUUGCCAUUCAAUUCGAGCUCGAGUGUUUGUCUGCAAAAGUAGUUGUUCUCCUAUACACAUUCGGUUAAUAAUGCGCUGAAAAUUGGCAAUUAACGUAAAAGCAGCUGCCGUCUUCAGUCAAUUGUUGUUACAACUACAACUGCAACUACACCGAUAGCGCCACUCCAGGCGUCGUGUGUUUUUCCCCACUGAGAUUACCGUCUGCGUAUGUAUGUAUUUAGCAUCUAUAUGCAUAUGUACAUAUAAGAGGCUAUAGUUAGUACAAUAAUCGACCGGAGCACGUGCGCUACGUCUAAAGGAGGAAGAUGGAGCGAUUAAGGCAAAUGCUGAAUUACAAAUACCUGACGAGGGUGCAAAUAGAUGGAUUUGACAAUUACAAGUACAGCUCCAUAGACACCUCACCUUUAAGUCAAUAUGUAAUGCAUCCGUUCUGGAAUUGGCUGGUCAAGUUUUUCCCUCGUUGGUUCGCGCCCAAUCUGAUGACAUUCCUGGGCUUUCUGUUUAGUGUGAUGAACCUACUACUCCUGUCCUACUACGAUUGGAAUUUCGAGGCUAGUUCUGGAGAGGAUAGCACUACUCCCAUUCCCAGAUGGGUUUGGAUCAGCUGUGCUAUCAACAUAUUUGUUGCAUACACUCUGGAUGGAAUUGAUGGCAAGCAAGCGCGUCGCAUUGGUCUCUCUGGUCCAUUGGGCGAGCUCUUCGAUCAUGGAUUGGACUCGUACACAGCUAUGCUGAUACCAACAUGCCUCUAUAGCAUAUUUGGACGAAGCAAAGUCUACUCAGUGCGUCCCAUGCGCAUGUACUAUGUGUGCAUGACGGUCUACUUCAACUUCUUUGUGUCGCAUUGGGAGAAAUACAAUACGGGCAUAUUGUACUUGCCAUGGGGUUAUGAUCUCAGCAUGUGGGGCAGCACAGCUAUGUACUUGGUGACCUGGUGGAUGGGCUUUGAGAGCUGGAAAUACGAAUUGAAAUUGGGAUUCCUGGGUACACUGCCCCUGGGCAAUGUCAUGGAGAUGGUGCUGCAUGUCAGCGCCAUGGCCAAUCUACCUCUAGUAAUUAUCAAUGUUUACAACUCAUAUAAGAAUCGCACUGGACGAUUGUUAUCCCCAAUGGAGGCACUGCGGCCUAUGUGGCCUUUUAUUACUUAUUUUGUGCUUUUGUUGCUCUGGCCCUACUUAUCACCCAAUGACAUAAUGGAAAGGGAUCCGCGUGCAAUGUUCAUGUUAAGCGGCACAAUCUUCUCGAAUGUCAGCUGCCGCUUGAUCGUAUCCCAAAUGUCCACCAGUCGAUGCGAGGCCUGGCACUGGCAGACGCCCUUAUAUGUGGGCACCAUACUACUUAGCUUGUGGUUACCCAUUCUGGAACGUCCACUUCUUUACAUGUUGCUUGUUGUGACCACACUGACGCAUUGGCACUACGGAGCCAGCGUGGUGAAUCAGAUGUGCGAGCACUUUAAUCGUGUUUGCUUUACGGUACACAAAAGAGUAAGAGAUAUGGGAAAUCUGAAGAAACUGCAGGAUCAACCGGAAGAGAUGAAUACGUCACUUAAACAGGAAUAAGCAACUUGUUUGCUGUAAACUUUACUAAUUUGUUUUUCCCAGUUAAGCUCCUCGGCGUGUCGUGUUCAUCUUUGGAGGCUGUUUUAGUCGAUCGAACAACGUUGUGAGAUGUGAGAUUAUAUAUACAUACGAGUACAUAUAUUUUGUUCUAGUUAGCGUCUUUUCAUACAAAUUGCUCAGAUGACAAAGGACAAAUAACCUCGAGUUACAACGCUAGACAAGGUUUUUUUGAUUUUUACUGAACACACUUUUAGAAAGACUAUUUCUCUAAUGGCUCGAGUCCUUAUAAAAAUAUAACAAACUCAUUUUAACCCAUAGUAUUCAAUCGAAAUUAGUCGAAUCUUCUGGCGUCUAUGGUACACAACAGUAUAAACUAUUAUCCCAUUGAUUAUAUGGUAGCGAUUUCACACAAUUGUCCAACUUCGUUUUGUAUUUCUAUUUGUAAUACCAAGACGACGCUUGCUUCCUGUACCCUAUUACUAUCGUUCGAAUUACUCUAAGUGUAUUUAAAUGUUAGUGUUUUGUGUAUUUAUCUAGACAUAAUAGCAUACUAUAAAUGAGCUUAAUUCAUUUUGUAUUGUUCUUCACUUUUUCUAGUUUAAAAACCAGACAAUGCUGAAGAUUUUAAUUCAUGACACGUUUAAUUAAGAUAACCGCUAAGACCUCUUAUUUUAUAAAUGCUAUGUUAUUAUUAUUUAAUUGCAACCCAAUGACAUACGUGUAUUACUUAUCUAUAGUGUGGCCCGCUUUCAUUGUAUUCAACUGUAUAUCUAAAUGUCGCUUCCCCAUCCUUGUGAAACUCUGUAAAAGACAAGACAACAU